CGCUUUCCCAUAGUCGUCGCCGAUUACCUGGAAUUCUGCUCAUAACUAGGGGCCUUUCAUGCAGCUACAGAUAGAUACUUACGUUUCCGCUGGACUUUGACUGCAGUUUUUAUGCAAAAUCAGUUUAUGGUAGUCGCAAAAUAUAUGUGUUUCUUUAUGCUGUCUGCAUAGUUACCCUGCAACUUGCAAGUAUGGAUCGAAAAUUCCAGAUUGAAAAACUAUCCGUAAGGAUAUCAGGUUUACGGCUGCUCGGACUAUUGAUGGUAUUGGUUGUCUCGGAAGUGGCAUCUCACAUCAGUUUAGUUUAUCCCCGAGCUAGGCAGUAUCCCAUAAACGCCUUGAAUAAUAGGGUUGCUCCGGUUGGACAGUGCGGAAUGCCAAAGGGAAAUGACAUAACGGAGCUACUGAUGGGAAGCUCGUUUAAUGUUACCUGGACAGUCGGCGAGAUGCAUAACGGUGGAUUUAGAAUUGAGCUACUGGAUAAGGAAUACAAUCUGAUUUCCACACUGGCUCCACCUAAUGGAAAAUCCAACGAAUUCGUGGGAGAUAACUGGGCAGCAAACAUUGGCUACGUCAGCCUACCGACUGAAGUAACCUGUGGUCGUUGUGUUAUUCGAGUCAUACAUCAGGGCGUCGGCCCGGCUUGGGCCAACCCACCCGGUGUGACGGUUCCGCCGGGAUUCCGGACAUGUGCCGAUGUUAGCAUCGUGGAGCAAGCGACAAACGAUAGAUCUCGUUGUACGAAUCAUGGAACGUGGAAAGACGGAGUCUGCCAGUGCGACAGACCGUUUGUCGGCACCUUCUGCGAAUUUGAAGAAGAGUGCUGGGACGACACAGACUGUGAAAACGGCGGACAGUGCAUCAACACCCAUGCCCAGUUUUAUCCCAAACGCCAGUGUUAUUGUCCGGUUGGGUCGUUUGGUCCGAAGUGCGCCAGCCAGUCAGCAGUCAAGGACUUCAGUUUCCAAAAAGAACUGUAUAGAAAACGCUCAUCACCAUAUGGUAACUUCACGUUCUACUGGAGAAUUCUAUCGGAAAUUAAGGAAAUCGAAGUGAUCCUUGAAGCCGGUACAACCAAUUGGGUUGGUUUCGGAUGGCGACCAGAAGGACUCAACACCUCCUGCAAAACAUUUCCGGUCAUUCCGAAAGAAACGGUCUCAUCCGUCUCAAAAGACGGGGAAGUUAUCCAAACAGUUGUGGACUUUCAGGAUCAAAGAUUUUUAGCUGGGCCGUUGCACCCGAUGUCGUGCAAUGAUAUUACCUACGCCGCUGCCCACGGACAGUACUGCCGCGUUCGUGACCUUUAUACUCGGGAUAUCUCUACACCGCUGCCGGAUGAAAUCUUUGGUGGGGAACAAAGUCUUACAGCUGGCAGUUGUUAUGAGGAUCCCGUCACCGGAAUUCUGCAUGUUAUAUUUCGAAAAAAGCUUCAGGCAUCCCAUCCCACCGACCACUCGAUUAACAACGGCGUCAUGCAUGUGAUUUGGGCAGUGGGAGAAGUGCCGUUCAUUCCAACAACUGAUAACAACGAGGUGUACCAAGAAGCCGUCAAACCAAGCUUCCAUCGAAAGGGCGAACUGAACAAUCAUCCGCAUUCACUCCAAACCAGGGGCUUUUUCAAAAUUAAUUUAAUAACUGGCGGGUCGUACUAGCGUUUCUCUUAAAUGAAACUUCAAUACGUUUGCUCUGAAUACGAAAUAUCUGCGAAACAGAUCUGAAAAAUCAAGCUUUGUUCUGCUAAUAAUUAUUCGGUUGCCAAACAUCCUGAACGAAUCAGCGAUUCUGUACUGUAUUUACACGCCUACGAUAUCAAGAAUCAGUAAA